AGCACAGAGUGUUCUCUUGCUGCUGGCGCCAUACAGAAGCGGAGACCUGAAAGAGAGAGAGGCCGGAAACUGCCGAUAGCCCCAUGGCGACGUCGAAGGCGGCUUCCCGGAGCAUUCCGUUGGGCACAAGGAUCUUCUGUUCACUCGUGGGGGCGUCGGCUGUCUUGUCCCUUCGGAAGGACGGAACGAUCAAUCGCCGGCUAGUAUGGUUCCUUGACUGGACGUCCUCCGCGAGACGCCGACCAGUGAAGGGUGUCUCCACCGCCGAUUUCACUGUGGACUCUUCUGCCGGCCUCUGGUUUCGCCUAUUCACCCCUACGGAAGUCCCUGCGGGGAAGAAGCUCCCGGUGAUCGUCUUCUUCCACGGCGGAGGCUUCGCUUUGAUGUCCGCCAACUCCAGAGACUUCGUCGCCCUCUGCCGGCGGUUCGCCCGUCGUCUCCAAGCCUUUGUUGUCUCGGUGAAUUACCGCCUUGCGCCGGAGCACAGGUUCCCGACGGCCUACGACGACGCGGAGGCUACUCUGCGCUGGAUCUCGACGCCCGGCCGUCUGCCUGAGUCCGCGGAUCUCGGCCGAUGCUUCCUAGUCGGGGACAGCGCGGGCGGGAACAUCGUCCACCACGUCGGCCACCGCGUAGCAGCUGCCUCGUCCGCGGGAGAGGACUUCCGGCCACUGAAGAUCGCAGGGCACGUCCUGAUCCAGCCGUUCUUCGGCGGCGAGGAGAGACUCCCAUCAGAGCUCCGCCUGAGGAAGGUCCCGAUGGUGACGCUCAAGCGGACGGACUUCAUGUGGCGUGCAUUCCUGCCUGAAGGAGCGAAUCGCGACCAUCCGGCGGCGAACGUCACGGGGCCGAACGCGCCGCCCCUGGCGGAUAUCGGGCUCCCGCCGACCCUCGUGGUCGUGGGAGGGCUCGACCCCCUGCAGGACUGGCAGAGGCGGUACUACGAGGCACUGCGUGAGGCCGGCGUCCAGGCGAGGAUGCUCGACUACCCGAAGGCCAUCCACGCCUUCUACAUCUUCCCUAAGUCGAAGGAAUACCGCGAGUUCAUGGCUGAGAUGAAGUCCUUCAUGGAAGAGCACGGCCGCGGGCUCUGAAGAUCCGACCCAGUACGUUCAUCUCCGCCCGUUCCAGUACGCGGCCGAGAAUUUUGGGUAUCCCUAAAUUCUCGUCUUGCUGAUUUACUCUUAUCAGCUUCUUGGUAAUUCGAGGGACAAUACACAUCAAAGAAGACAUUGAAGAAGACUUGUUGUUGAGGAGUUAUCAUGAGUGUGUCUGUGCUUGUACAGUCUCUAGUUUUCUUGUUUUUGUGUCUAUGAAUGUUGAAUCCUGGUUUUAGUGUCCAUGUGUGCUGAGUCUGUGAACAUGCAGGAUGAAUAUUUGAACAUUUAUUAUUCUUUUUUUUUUUUUUAUCUCGAUGUUGUGGUUUCAUCCCAGCCUAUCGACUGGCUAAGUUUCUAAUGUUGUUGAUGUUUUUGUUAGACAGAUUUAUUCAAUGAGAUUAUUUUGUUGUGUGA